AUGGCUCACAAGGCAUUCUCUUCCCACGUCUUCAAUGACCGUUCCUAUACAGUGAAACAUCGCUUCAAGCAACAUCCCAGAGCGAACGGCAUAUUCUGUUUCUCCCAUACUCUGCGCCCCGCCAAUGCUUCGCCGAGAGCGCGCCCCGUUGCAUUGGUCUCUGGAUAUGUUAUCCUUCGCGAUCGUCUGGCUGCUUCCCGUCGGUGGUACGCGGAGAUGUUUGUCCCGUCUCGGGUGACUGCCGAGCUUUCUCUACUUUUUGAUGCUCGCGGCCGCCUUCUUGCUGAGCAUCUGUCAAGUCUGUACUUGCGCAACAACACCGUCUGGGGCCACGAGCUCAGCGAAGGGAACUUACUGCUGGUCACCGAGCUCCGAGUCGUAGAGUCGCACCGUAGGCAGGGGAUCGCUGCUUGGCUGCUCGACCUCGUUCUUUCUGAGCCAACCAUCGCCCGCCCGCCGCAGGCCGACUGGAGGAUCAUGCAUCCGCCGCCGGAAAAGUGCGAGUUUGCGAUAGCUUCGCCUUGUGGGCCCCGCGAAGAAGGCACGUCUGAAGAGCAGCGUAAAGAACAGUCGCAAGCCGCUGAGCGAACCUUCCAACGCGUCGGCUUCAGACGUAUCGGGCGCUCCGCGUUCUUAGCGAAGCCUUUGCGAGAUUUGUCACACCCAGCUCUUCGCCUACCCGCACGAGACGACGCGAGGGAGCUUUCGCCUCCUGUACCUUCUCGUCCUCUCCCGGUGUUAUCGCCCUUCAUGCGCACCUUAUCGCGGCCAAACUGGCCUGAUAACUGGCAGCGAUUACCGUUGCAUGGGAUGAUCUCCUCGCAGGAUUGCUCUGACGCCGAGAUUCUUGCCGCUCUUUCGCGCCUCUCCUCGUCGGCCGAACUUGCCCAUCUUUGCACCCCGGAUCCCCUCGCCAUGAAUGCGACUCCGCUCCACCUGGCUGCUAUGCAGGGUCGAGCUUCAGUCUUAGAAAAGCUCCUGACCACCGACGCUCGUGGCAACGUCUUCGCCGCCACGGCGCAAGGACGCCUGCCUUUGGAUUGUUUGCAGCGCGCGAUGCGCGAGGAGAAGGCGUCGGUCGCAGCUUUGGGUCUGCGGGAAUGGCCUGGUUAUUCCGUGUCGGCUAUUCAGGCUCAGGCCAUCUUGCUCGCAGCAAUGGGGAAACCUAUUCCCAGCGAGGUCGCCGCAAGAUGGGGCUGCACCUGCGGACGUUGCGCAAAGGGGUGGUUUUCGCCGGCGAUGAGUUAUCAGAUGAGCGUGCAUGCUGAAGUCGCCGCGACCUCUAUACGUUUGAGUCUGGCAUCCACCCCUGCCGACGAGACACGAGGUCGCAUUCGACUUUACAAGACGUCAACUUUGGACCUGAUACAUUUCAUGAACUACAUUCCCACCUCAAUUCGUGAACCAGGAUUGCAAGCAACUUUCAUCGAAGGCUAUGCGGCAGUGUUGCAAGCAACGGCGUCUCUCACGAGACAGAAGAUCGUGCCAAGCGUCGAGGUCGUCUCCGAACACGCGCUCCGCCAAGGAGGCGAACACUUCAGCGCAAGCGCCGUGGAGUUCUUUAUUCAGAAAGGGGGCACUAUCGAGCACGCUUUGAAUGGCGUCUUGCAUACUGCGUGGGAGCAGGGCCCGGGAGGCGACGGGACGCUCCUCAUGGUUGAUAGCCACGCUGAUGAGCUUAGGAGCCUACCGGCGUGCGACAACGAUGAGGACUAUCAUCUGCUUCGAGCAAAUCUCAAGAUUCCGGUGACUCUGAACGGUCGCCUAAGUUCGGGCUGGUUGGACCAAUACUUAGUGGCGGAGCCGUCGCGUGAUGGCGAAGAAAGCGCGGAGUCAUCGCAGGAUGAGAUAUGA